AUGGACUCAUCUUUUGUUGCCGUUGAGAAAGGCAGGUCUGCCAAGACCGGCACAGGCGAUAGUCGGAGCAGGGAGGACCAACCGAACCCGCUUACGUACCCCAAGGCCGCCGAGCCUUUCAGCCAGGACCUUUUCAGGAGCCCGACGUCAGAGUAUCGAGGAUGUCCACUUUGGUCAUGGAAUACGAAACUGGAGAAGGAGAGGCUUCUCCGACAGAUUGAUCAUCUUAAAGAGAUGGGGAUGGGCGGUUUCCACAUGCACGUCCGGACCGGAUUGGACACCGAAUACAUGGGUUCGGAGUUCAUGGAUCGCGUCCGAGAUUGCGUGGAGUAUGCGGAGAGCAAAGGGAUGCUCGCGUGCUUGUAUGAUGAUGACCGGUGGCCCUCAGGAGUUGCCGGCGGCAAGGUUGUAAAGCAGUACCCUGAGCACAAGACGAAGCACAUCCUAUUCACGCCGUAUCCAUACGGCAGUGUCGAAAUUGGAGGGAUUUACAGUGACUGCGCCCCCAGCUCAGCACAAGCAUGUCGGAGCGAAGUAGGAUAUCUGUUAGCCCGGUUCUCCAUCACACUUGAUGAGAAUGGCCGUCUGAAGUCCAGCAAAAAGCUUCAGGAAGGUGAAGAUGCAGAGCCUGGCGGACGAGUGUGGUACGCAUAUGUUGAAAUUAAUCCUCCGUCGUCUUGGUUCAACGGCCAGACCUAUAUCGACACGAUGAGCACUAAGGCCAUGACGUGCUUCUUGGAAAGCACCCAUGAGGUCUACAAGAACAAAAUUGGCGACAAGUUUGGCACAACAGUCCCUUGCAUUUUCACCGAUGAGCCUCAAGUCGCGAUCAAGACCCAGCUUUCUAGCCCGAACAGCAUCCAAGACGUCUUUCUGCCGUGGACGGCAGAUCUUCCCGAUACUUUCCGAGAGACCUACGGUGACGAUGUCGAUAUCAUUAGCAGCAUUCCGGAGCUGCUGUGGGAUCUUCCGGGAGACACGCCCAGCCUGGCCCGCUACCGUUUUCACGACCACAUAAGUGAAAGAUUCGUCACAUCGUUCCUUGACCUCCUCGCAGACUGGUGCGGGAAGAAUAAAAUCAUACUCAACGGACACAUGAUGGAAGAGCCAACUCUUCGCUCCCAAACUACUGCCCAUGGAGAAGCAAUGCGGUGUUACCGAAACCAGACCCUACCUGGCAUGGAUCUCCUCAACGACUGGGUCGAGUACAAUACAGCCAAGCAAUGCACCAGUGUGGCCCGCCAGAAUGGUGUCCGCGGCGCCAUGAGCGAAAUUUACGGAUGCACACACUGGUACUUUACCUUUGAAGGCCACAAGGGGUGUGGAGACUGGCAUGCUGCUCUAGGCAUCACCUUCCGCGUCCAACAUCUCAGCUGGGUAAGCAUGGCAGGCGAAGGAAAGCGGGAUUACCCCGCCAGCAUCGGUUAUCAAAGCCCUUGGUACAAGGAGUAUAGCUUCAUUGAAGAUCACUUCGCCCGUGUCGGGGUAGCCUUGACUCGUGGAAAAGCCGUCACGCGUGUUGGUGUGGUUCACCCCAUCGAGAGCUUCUGGUUAUGCUUUGGUCCGAACAAUAGCGGCGAUGAUGAGAUUGGCCGUCGAGAUCAAGCCUUUGCAGAGCUCACGAACUGGCUUCUCCAUGGGUUGGUGGACUUUGACUUCAUUGCUGAGAGUCUUCUGCCGAACCAAGUCGGUGAGAACAUAACGACGCCCCUCAAGGUAGGCCACUGCGAGUACGACGUCAUUAUCUUACCGAACCUUCGAACUAUCCGAUCAUCCACCUUCGAUAUCGUCAAGAGAUUUGCGGCGGCAGGGGGAAAAGUCAUCAUCGCUGGGGAAGGUCCGGUACUAGUUGAUGCCCAAGCUGUACCGCCGGAUAUCAGCCUGAACAUUGAACCAAGUACAAAGAUUGCCUGGAGCAAAGAAGAUGUUCUCUCAGUCGUCUCUGAGAGUCGCGAUCUGAAGGUUGACCUCAAGGAAGGAGGACCAACCCAGACUCUCCUAUACCAGAUGCGUCAUGACGGCGACGAGAUGUUCCUGUUUAUCUGCAACACGGACCGCAACAAUCCUUACAAUACAUUCGUUAACAUCAAAGGCGAUUGGGAUGUUGAAGUCUUGGAUACCUUCACAGGCAAGACCCAGCACCAAAAGUCCAAAUACAACAACGGAUGGACAAUCUUUGAGCACCAAUUUGAGGGUUGCUCAAGCUUGUUGUUGAGACUUUAUCCGGUACCGGCCGAGGAGCUGUCCUUUGCUGAUAUUGCGGAAGAGAUAGCUUUGACGCCACCCAAACAGCAGACCGCGGAGUUCAAGCUUGAUGAGGUGGUUCUUUCUGAGCCAAAUGUCUUGAUGCUGGACUAUGCGCUAUACAGGAUCGACGAUGAUCCGUGGCAAGAUGCCAAGCGGCAAGAAAUCUUGAAGAUCGAUAACGAGAUUCGAGCCCGUCUGCGUCUUCCCCCGAAGGGCUCGGCAUGGAAGCAACCAUGGAGUGUACCGCAAUCAGAGCGAGCUGCGAAGGUAUACGUUGACCUACGCUUCGAGUUCGAGUCGGAGGUCAUCAUCAGAACACCCUCGUAUCUCGCCAUGGAGAAUCCUGAGAAUGCAAGGAUCACUAUCAAUGGCCACAAGUUGCCUGUUGACGAAAAGAGUGUGUCCUGGUGGGUUGAUGAGGAUAUAAGAACGAUACCGGUACCAAAGAGGACGAUCCGCAGAGGAAAGAAUGUAAUUGAACUCAGCAUGCCGUUUGGUAUCUUGACGAACUUAGAGAGGAUCUACCUUCUUGGCAGCUUUAGUGUUGAGCUGAAGAGCAACCUGCCCGUUCUCUACGAAAGACGCCAAAGUUUGGGCUGGGGCGAUGUCGUGGCACAGGGACACCCGUUUUAUGCUGGAAACGUCACUUAUAACUGCAGCUUCUCACUGAAGUCUCGGUCGAACGUCACGCUAUCGAUUCCACAAUUCGCCACGCCUGUCGUCAAAGUUCAGUGGGAAAGGAAUAGUGGAUAUAUAGCAUUGCAGCCGAGGACGCUAUCACUUGGGGAGGUUGAGGCUGGGACACACAAUAUCUCCAUUACCGCCUUCGGAUACCGAUACAAUUCGUUUGGGCAUGUGCAUCUCAAAGAAGGUAUCUUUGGUUGCUGGCCUGACCAGUGGCGAACUGGAGGUUGGGCUUGGAGCGACGAAUAUCGACUGAAACCUACUGGAGUUUUGGUAAAGCCUGAAAUUCUUGUAGAGUCAAAGCCCGAAGAUGGGAGUGAAGACUGGAUUGUCCUGAUGGAGUGA